AUGGAUCCUCAGAGCGUCUCCUUCACUCCACGCGACGAUCUCUGGCGCAUCCACUCCGAAAUGCUGCGCGUACAGCAGACCCAGACCGAGCACGCCGACCGGCUCGCUCGCCUGGAGAGGAGGCAGGAUGAGGACGCCCGCGUGAAGUCUGUCUGGGGCGCUUCCUCGCCUUUUCCGAGUGUUUUGGGCGGCACUCCGCAGCAAGUGCCUCUGCAGCAGCCUGCCGCCGACGCUUUCUCCAGCUUUGACGACCAGUCGACUAAUCUGCUGUCUAGCUUGCAUCUGGAUGCGGACGAAGAGCCAAGGCGUCUUGGGACAACCUCACGCGCAAAUAGUGUUCGCUUUGAUGAGACGGCUAAUCAAGGCCACUGGUCCCACGCGUCCCGCUCGUCCAUGGACCUGAUCCCACGCACCGGAAGCAGCCUUGGUGGUCAUCCAAUGACGGAGCGGAGUUUCUCCCACAAGUCGGAUGGACGCCAAAGCUCCGCUGCUGCAUCCGUACAUUCAGCCACCUCUGGUCGUGCCAAUAGCUUAGGUCUUGAGUCUACCUUUCCUAUUGGCGCUCCGACGCUCGAGGUUCCACGCCUUGCCCCCGGCUUGUUCAUCCUGGGUUCGGUGCCGGCUAUUAUCCGUUGCUGGCUCAACCGGAACUUCAAGCAUGACUCGCUCCUCUAUGCGGCCGUGUGCACCGGAUCCUACACUUCGUGUUUGGAUCUGGCCUUGAUCACCAAGCUGGGCUUCCAGUCAGAGAUUAGAUGCUCCGAGGACGGUGGUCGCAAAAUCAAACUCGAGCUUUAUUUGCCCGAAGCGAUACCUUAUCCAGCUUCUUCCCGUUCCGGUAGCCCCACGCCUCAACUACCCUCGCUGACCGUUGACUUCACCGUUGUAGAGUCUCAAGCUUCGGAAAACGAGUCAAAAGCUAUCAAGGUCUUCCUUGGCAGUGACUUGCUGCGGUCACAUAAUGCCGAUAUCCUGCUGUCGUCAAACACACUGACCUUGUUCGAUGACGACAGAAGCAAACUUUCCGUACCAUUGGUACGCCCUGAAGAUGAUCACGCAUUCAAGACGCUCCAAGUCAGCAGCUCUCCAUGGGUUAGGCCCAAUGAGCAAGGCAAAUACCCGGAUACGUACCAAGAAAACGCAACAGGCCAUGCAACUGUCGGGGGAAAUUCCAUGACCCAGACCCUGGAAGGACUGAAAGCAGUGUCUGUGUCACCUGCCCCUCCUGGAUCCGACAGUGACCGAAAUGUCACCGUCCCUUCCUCUGAAGAUGGAAACACUUCUCAAAGCGAUCGUAGAAGUCUUGAACGUCCAGCCUGGGGCUCGAGCAUCCGGAGCGAUGCAAAAGAAUCCUCGGAAGGAGAAUCUUCAGGGCCCAGCCUUCCUAGGACAGGAUCGUCCCCUGCCGUCUGGAGCAACUGGCGGCGCACAUCCGAGAGGUCGGAGUCCAUGGACUGGGCUGGUACAAGCAAAGCACCAAGCAACGAUACGUACCAACGCCGUGAUACCGGGAUCAAGGUUCUCAAACCCAUUCGCACUUCGUCCCGCGCCCCAUCAGUGUCGCAGGGCCCGGCUUCUGCGUCUACUCCCACUAGUCAGUCGCGCUUUUUCGAUGAGGGUCGCCGCCGCGUGACAAGUGUAUCGUCCGUGUCUACGGCUGGUGUAGAUAUUCAGCAACAGCAGCAGCCUCAGCAGCCGAAGAGAACCGUUUCGACUGAUAUGUCCAAGAUGAGUGGACCCACAAGGAAUGGAAGCAAGCCUCGAUCUACAAAUCCAGUUGGAGGUGCUUCGGCCUUCUCGUGGCUCAAGAAUGGGCAGCAGUAA